UUUCUCUCUUCAUAGAAUACUUAAGACCUCUUUAUAAAUACUUCUCUUCUCCAUUUCAUCCUUAUUUGAAAAUCACCCAUUGUUUGUUCUUCCUCAAGAUCCAGUCUUUCUCUUUCAUAACCAUCAAAGAAUUAAUUAGCUAGGUCGCCCUUGAUCCGCGGCGGAGUCUUUUUAUAUUUAUGGGUCCUUCUUCUUCUUCUUCAAACUUAGAAUCAGCGGCGGCGCAGAUGUAUUUGGAUGAGAAAUGGAAGAUGUCAAAGAAAGAAGGUUCGAGAAGCUCCCGAUCUUCGAAAUCGAACCAGAGGAGGUGUUCUUUUACAAGAAGAUGUGCUAGGCUUGUGAAGGAACAGAGAGCUCGAUUCUAUAUCAUGAGACGAUGUGUUACUAUGCUCAUUUGCUGGAGAGAAUACACUGAUUCUUGAAAUGGGUUUUAGUUUUUUUAGUUUUUUUUUUUUAAUUUUUCCUUCUCAAAUCUCUUUUUUAAAUUACCCUGAUUUUUUGAGAGAGAAGAUGAAGAAGGGGUGAUGGGAUUUAAAGAUGGAGACAAGGAAAAAGAAAGAGAUCUGAGAUGAACGAGGACGACGGAGUAGUACAUUUUUUAUAGUUAAAUGUUUUUACUACUCCGAUGAACGGGAAGGACAGUUUGAGAUUAAAAAAAAACCAGUAGAGAGAGAAAAUUGACAUGAAGAUAGAGAGAUUUCACUACCCUUUACUGACAUGGCUCUGUUCUAUCCAUUUCUCUCACUUUCUGUUUUUCUUCUUUCUUUCUUUCUCCUUGAUGAUGAUGAUUAAGAAUAAUAUUGAAAUUAUUGUUCUAAUGAACUUGA